ACACCAACUGUCUGCGCCAACAUUGCACGGCGAAUCAUUGGGGUGCGCGCGGUGCAGUGCAGCGAGCCAGCGUCGUGCGCACAGUGGCAGCGCGCGAUGCCGUUGGGUGAAGAUCCAGCAACACCUGGAAACAUUGACGCCAGUGUCAAUCCGUUGGCGAGCGAACGUGAAGAUGUGCCUCCAGAAGAACUGGAAAGUUACGGCGGUGUGGGGUAUUCGUUCGAGGGACAAGAUGAGUUAUUUCCCACAGGUGACGAAGAGCCCGAAGAACCUGAAGAUUCUCCCGCUAAUGAUGGCUUGCUCGAGGCGACGAGUGAACGCCUUGGCAGCAGAGUGCGUGGAAUGGUUGAGAAGGCGGGUGAAGACUCGCGCAACGUUUUCCAGAAGAGCGAGAACCUCGUUCUACGCGCGACAGCACUUCGCCAUGAUGUCUUGCAACACAACGACCAGCAAACGCAAAAAUUCAACAUAGUCAAAAACAUGCUGCUUGAUUCCCUGAAAAAGUAUUCGAAUGAUGGCGAGUAGUUGUGACCACGCUGGCAGCAAACAGCGUAGUAUGCGUGAAGGACUCACUGCGUUUUAUUGCACCGAUGGCACGUGCGCUCAGUACUGCAUAUCUUAAUUAUAUACUUCGUUUAUGUGACAGGUCAAUCACAUCACCAAUGUUUUAGCACGCGCCAACUUUAUAUUCUCUGUAUGUUGUAUUUAUUUUGAAUGAUUCUCAAUUA